AUGACUGCCGAAGGGGAAAAGAAACGCCUUCGAUUUACGUAUGAGGACGAUAUAGUUUUAUUAAGAGAAGUUGUUUCACGAAAUCCUUUUCAGAGUAGUGACUUGUGGGAAGAAGUAAAGACCAGUGUCUUUCAAGUUACAAAAAAACUCUUUAAUAUUAAGACUAUUCGCCAGCACAUUCAGCUACUAUUAGAUCAAUGGAUCGAAAAAGAAAAAAUAAUUAAAAAAGAUGAAGACUUUGAAAUGGCUUCUACCUCCAAUAAAAAUAAUGUUCAACCUUCCAAUUCUAUAGUAGUGGAUGAAAUUGCAAAUGAAACCCCCAGAAAAAAAGUAUGCCCUAACACCAAAAACGUUUUGGUUUCCAUCCUACUGAGUCGUCUGAGGUCCCAAGACAAUUCAAAAGCUGUUAAAAGAGGAUCAUUAGAAGACAGCGAAAUUAGAGAAGGCGAAGAUAAAGCUCUAUAA